GAGUGUUGAGGAUUGUUUGGCAGAGCUAGGCUUAACAUCUUCCGUUUAUUCAUCUUAUAAAAUUUGUCCCCAUCUUCUAGAUCCCACACAACGCCUUCCACGCAUUUGCUGGAAGGAAAGCUGAAGCCGAGACUAUGCGCUGAAUGUUAUUUACAAAUUCCUCCAUAGAAAGGACGCACUUAUUUCUCCCUAGUGGGCGACGUUGAGAAGACAGUCUGUAUCGACCAAGCGUGCAUUUGCAGACCAAGCCUCAAUUUUUACACGAUCCUUUAAUUCCUCCUCCUCAUCAUCACCUUAGCUCUUCGUUUAUUUCCCGACGUGUUAUUUUAGCGGUAUGUUUUUGGUUAAGCACAGCAGUCGAGAAUUGUGUGCAGAUAUAUUUCCAGGCCGAAGCGAUGAGAGUGCAUUAGACGGCGAGCCGAGAAGCUUUAGCUUGUUGUACCGAUUCGGCUGAAUCUCUCGGUUUUGAUCAACAUACAAGGCCUGGGCUGUUAUCGACUCGAGGUGAGGUGAUCAUCAUGUUUCCUGAAUGAUACUCGGCGAGUCCUGGAUGGUUUGGUGGACUGAGCUUCAGUUUUAUCUAGUGCACAUCAGCCUUUUUCCCCUCCUUUCCUUCCUCCUCCAAUUUGCCAUGCCAUGGUUUCGUUAAAUGUUAGACAACAACGUUGUCCCAGCAUCAGCAAGGACCACUGGACAGCAAACUGUCUCUACUUCCUCGUCAGAGCCCCGAAACCAACCGGCCUGCUGAUGGAUUGAUGCCUGAGAGCAGCUACUGGCAGCUCUGCCCAUCCUCGAAGGCCAGCCUGCAGGGGGUGCUCAGCUCCAGCUUCCCCCCCGGCCCCGUGCCCCUGGGUCCUCCAGAAAGCCACCUGCCGGAGGGGGAUGCCCUGAACCGUCCGCUCGCCCCUAGCACCUCUGUGACGGACCUGUCUUUUCCCGGGCCUCCCCCUCCCCCCCCGCCACCCCCCAAACGCCACUGUCGUUCGCUGUCGGUACCAGAGGACCUGUCCCGCUGCCGGUACACCUGGCGGCCGAGUGCAUCCAAGGUCUGGACACCAGUGAACCGCCGAUGCCACAGUGGAGGGGGCGCGGGGGGGCCGUGUCCGCUGCGUGCCCCCAGCUCCUCGCUCAACUCCUCGCUGCACUCCUCUUCCAGCCCCACCUUUUUCAGCCUGGCCCUGUCCCCGGACUCCCCGUUGCCGUGGACGUUCCCCUGGGACCCGAGUGACAGUGCGGGCGGUGGCGCCUGCUGCUGCUUCUUCCCCUCGCCGUCCUCGUGCUCAUCGUCUCCAUCGCCGCUCCACCCGCCGCCUCCGCCGCAGAGACGCUUCUCUCUCUCUCCUGUGCUCAUCCGGGAAGCAGCUGCCCAGUUCCUGCCGCCGCCUCCGGUGCCCCCACAGAUCGCCUCUCACCCUGCGGUGGUGCCUGCCUCGCCCUCGUCUGCCUGCAGCACUCCGUCUUCAGUGCGCCGUGCUCUUCCUCCACAACUUCCACGGUGCCAUUCUCAGCCCUGCGACCUGCUCCUGCUCAAACCUGGCCUGAAGCGCCGCAGGGACCCGGACAGACCAUGUGCACGGCCUGUGCUAGACUUUGCCAAAAUGACACAGACUCGAAGCACAGACCCUCUCAGUUAUCUGGAGCGUGGUAGACUGGCCUGCGGGGGGGACGUCUGCAUGGGCUUGGAGCCUUUUUUUGGAGACUUCAGAGGCUCAUGUUCACCAGCUGAAGGCUUGGGUAGGACGAGUAUUGGCCCUUUGAGUGAAAGUGACGAGGAGGAGGAGAGAGAGGAGGAGGACCCAGAGGAGCGCGACGGGGGACAAACAAGCGUUUUCGAAAGGGAUUGUACCGAACUGGAUAUCACCCUCAUCGAGGAGAACUGAAAGCAAUCCGGGGAAGAUCUCCUUUCCCCACCCUCAGCUCCACCGCCAGCAUUCAGCUCUCUCUGCACCACCUGCUACGUUACACUGGCAGGCCUCUCAGGAACCUCCACACGAGGCGCACGGGCGCGUAGACGACCCGUUAAUGAAGACAUGUCGACUACUAUCAUAUGCAGACAGUCCCAGACGCUGACCCAUCAACAUUGUACAUUCCAGAAUGAGUUGCUGAGAGACAUUCUGAAGGAUGCAAAUGUUUCGAGUUUUGUGUGUAUCGGACGUCCUGUUAGAACUCAUCUUCAAACUGACAGAGUGGAAACUGGAGGCGAACUGCUUCCUGCUUCUUUCUUUUCUCGUCUUUCCUCUUGACUUGUUUUUGAUAGUAAGAAUAGACUUUCUUGGAUGACGGUUAUAAAUAUCAGUGUUUUUUUUUUUUUGUUCUGUUGAAAUAUAAAAGGGCAGUAUGACAUAGCAGUAUUUACUCUGCAGACCUUUAUACUUCCUGACGAAGGUCCAUCUAAUUCAACAUAAGCCUUAAGAUGCCUGUUUUUUUCUUCCUCUUAAUCAAAAGAUUCCUCAAGGAAAUGAAUUGUGUACUGUAGCUGUUGUUCAGUUUUUUUUUCUUCUGCAGUCUCUCUCUCUCUCUCUCUCUCUCUCUCUCUUUUUUUAUCUGUACAAUGCAUUCCUCUGAAAUUGAAAUGUGUAUACAUUUAUAAAUGCACUGUAUUUGGGACAUUUAGAGCGAAUCGAUGAAAGCAACCACUGUAUUCUGAAGGCACAUUGUUAUACUGUAUUGUACAGCAAGUAUUUGUUCAAAUAAGUUGUGUAAAGAUGGUAGCUUGAAGGUUGGAGACAGGCUAUUUCUGUCAUUUAGAAUUUUUUUUUUAUUGUAUGUGUGAUAAAUUCAGACUCAGUUUAUGUACAAAUAAAGUUUAUUUGAAAUUA